AUGCUCACGUUGGUAUUCUAUGAACAGGAGUGUUUCUUCCGUGCGGACGGUGACAUUUUGAGGAUGGAAUUUCUUUACCCGACGCCACCAGAUAAUGACAGAAUAAUUCUUCUAUUGCUUAUAGCUCAAGACUCCGAGUCUUAUUAUGUUACUUACGACUGGACUUCCAUGGAAACGCUGCGAUCUGUGGACCCAAGGAUCAACAGCCUUAGGCUUUCUAACCAUUUUCGUCUGCCAACAGUUCUGAUACCCCUAAUUCACUCAACUUCUUUCAUGGUUGCAACACACUCGACCAUGUCCAUCUACAAGAAUGUCUUGAAUACAGAUGGGCCUGUCGUACCAAUGAACUGCCCCUUCCCAACUCUAGAACAUCGCCCACGUUCGAGAAACCAAGUUUGGACUCACUGGGCUCGAGCCAGGCGCAAUCGGAUUAGAAACUCCCAGUUUGACGAUAUUUACCUAUGCCGCGAAGAUGGUAUGAUUUUAUACCUGGAGAUAGGCAAGUCUGGAGAUAUAGAACGCCAGUCCAAUCUAGGUUCGCUAGGCUGUAACCUUGAUACUGCCUUCGCAAUCCUCCCGGAAGGAUACCAGGCCGGAGAUGUCCUGGUCACCGCCGGUAGCAUGUGCGGUGGUGGCCUCUUUAUUGAAGAUGCUCGAAAACCACCAAGAUGUAUACAGAGAGUCCCGAACUGGGGCCCUAUCCUAGAUACCGCCGUGAUAAAGGCAAGACGUCCUACUCCAAACCCAUUGUCCAGAGACACCCAACAAGGCAUGGGGCUACCAUUUGAUCGAAUCUUCACAUGCUCCGGUGUUGGACCUGAUCAUGGCACUAUCUCCGAACUGAGAUAUGGCAUUGAAGCACAGAUAGGCCUCAAUAUUGAACAUGGGGCUUGUUCAAGUAUAACAGGAGUAUGGGGAAUUCCUGUCCCUAGAGGAGAAGGCACCCUUUGCCUGCUAACAGACCCUAUGACGAGUUCUUUGAUCUUUAUACCAAUAAGUGGCACUGAGGAAGCAUUUGCUAUGGACGAAGAACGAAGUGGUUUAGAUCUUGAUCACCCAACACUAGCAGCCAGUAUAACGCCAGACGGUAUUGUAGUACAAGUCACUGAUGCAUCAAUUCGGUUGAGCCACGUUGUCUUCCAGCAGCGAUCUUCUAUAACAUGGGAUGAUCCAAACGACCGAGCCGUUGUAGCCUUCACCAGUGGGCCUCUCUCUCUUGUUGUCGUAGCUAUAAGAAGCGGUAGCGAUGUUCGAGUGGAACUCCGGAGCGUCAGUUCUGACGAAAACGGGUGCAAAUGUACCCUCAUUGGACUGCCUCUUGCUCUCGACCAGGAACCAAUUUGCUUCGACGUUGAGGAGCUUGGCGGCAAAUUAUAUCUCUUUAUUGGUACAAGCGAAGGGAAACUCCUGAUUAUGGCAAUAAAUAGCCUGGAAGGCUUGACUCCUCACCUUGAACGUGGGAUCAUGAUGGGCAAGGAUGACCUUAAUUCACCGGUGUUCGAAUCUCUAAAGCUCAUAUCCACCGUUGGCGAGGAGAAAAGGCUGAUGGUCCUAUUUUGUGGCCUCCGGAGUGGGCAUUUGAUUCCCUUCAGAGUCACUCAAGAUGAUACUUCAUUCGAAAUACACCAAUUGCCGCCUCAUAAACUCGGUGAAACUUCUGUUCGAAUUGGAGGUUAUGAAUCUGAUAAAACCUUGGCUGUCGUCUCAUGUGGUCCAGGUCUUUGGAGGGUGUCACACAGCCCCAUUGAGGCGUCAUUGCAUUACUCUCUGGAGAAAGUUUGGAUCACUGAUCAAAGCAAGCCUGAAAAGAUGCAGCCUAUUGUCGAUAUAUUCAACUGCGUUGAUUUACCUGCACAGGCACCAGCCACAGGCCUUAGUGGUUCCUUGUUAUGUAUUACCGACAAUACUCUCUUUGCCUGUAGCUUGGAGAAAGUUGCAAAAGCUGUUCCUCGCGAGAUACGUGUCCGGGGAAAUCCGAAGAGACUCGUAUAUUCCGAAUAUUUGAACAAGUUGAUUGUGGCUUAUAAUAGGGUGGACUUUGACUUCACUUCGUCAACGGAGGGCACCAAACGCUGGAUAUGGCCCAAGAUUGGGUUUCUAGACCCUGAUGGGGAGACGCUAAUUUCAGCACCAAUCGAUCUUAGGGCUAGAGGCAAUGAAUCGACUACACCUACAGUGCUCACUCGCCAACCUGUUGGAGCAUCCGGUGAAAAAGUGACAGCAUUGGUAGAUUGGAAAUUCUACGGUGAAGGUAAUGAAUACCACAUGAUUGUGGUAGGAACUUCCUUUCCACAGGUCGAAUACAAAGCGGGGAGAGACAUCUGUGUUGAAUACAGAGGGAGAGUUGUUUACAUUACAGUUCGGCAAAACCCACCAGGUAUCGGUAACAUUGAUUGCAUGACCAAACGCAUUCACACGUACAACCAACCAGUCCGAACAAUAACCUCGUUCGGACCGAGCUCCCUGAUCGUGGCCUCUGGGGAUGACUUGCUAAUGCAGACCCUGGAUCCAUCCACUCGAAAAUGGCGAAGCCUGGAGCCUCACCAUCUUGAAUCCCAUGCGGUUUCAAUCACUGUGAAGGAGCCGUUUAUCUACGUCCUGACCGCCCGCCACUCGCUUAUUGUCCUUCGAGCGACGCAAGAGGGGCUAAUUUUGCAUGCUCAAGCGGGCGUUGAUAAAGGGGGACUUGACCAUGUGAAUCUUGAUGGAGAACUCAAGACUAUAUUCACAGCUAAUCGCGGCGGAGCAGUAAUCGGCCUAAGAGAGUUUGGAUUAAAGGAUGACAGGCUGGUUAGGCCCGUCUUUUCUGCCAUCACCCCUUCCGCAGUGGUACGAGUAUGUCGCAGUUUCCGGCCCCACUCCGGCGGCUGCGAGAUAGCUUACGGUACAACACUGGAUGGCACGCUUUAUCGGUUCCAGAUGCUCACAGAGAACGAAUGGCGGAUCCUUCGAUUCAUUCAAUAUUCAUGUCUUGCGGACACCAAUAUCUGCCCUUUCCGCCGUAAACGCCGAAUGGCUGCGGACGAACUAUGCCCUUUGCCAGACAAGCCUGAAUACAUGCAUAUUGACGGUGACAUUCUUGCUCGUCUUAUCAGCCGCGGAGCCAGGUAUCUUGAAGAUAUGAUGCGGAGGACCACCCCAGACAAUGCUCCGCCUGCGUAUGCCGAAAAGAAGGUAGAAAGAUUCAUCGAAUUCGCCAGGCUAGUUGUAGGCGAGACAAACGACCCAUUUACGGAUAUCCUGAUGUGGAUGGAGAAUAUGCUCCGGAUUGAAAUCUAG